AGGACUCUUACUGCAAUAGAAUCAACAAUCCCAAUUCCUAAAAGAGAAGAAGAGCGACUCAGACUGAAUUCGAAUUUGGUCAUCCUCAUCCUUUUCGACCGACGGAGGUAGAAAUCGAUGAUACUUUUACAAUCCCAUUCACGAUUCCUUCUCCAGACUUUGCUGAAUCGAGUCCAGAACCUUGAAAAGGCAAUUGAGCUAGACCACCACUGGGUUGAGUUUGAUGAUGUUCGUUACCAUGUUCAGGUGUCAGUGAAGAAUCCACAUAUUUUACAGCUUUCAUUAUCACUACCUACACCACCUCUAGAAACUGUUUUCGUUGGCGGACUUCCAUUUGGAGCCAUAGAAGCUAUAAAAGCAGCUUAUGGUGUAAUCGUGCAAAUUCUUGAUCCUCCAAGGGAUGGCUUCAAUUUGACAUUGAAACUGAAUUUGUCCAAACUUCCUCAAGAUGAAGAGAACAGACAUACACUUUUGGUAAAGAUUGCUUCUGUCAGAGAAGUGGUAUUAGGGGCCCCUUUAAGAGUAAUCCUAAAACACCUUGCUUCAAGGACUGUUGCUCCUGAUAUAAAUCAGUUUGUUGCCCUUGUGCAUCGACCAAAUGAAUCCUUCUUCCUUGUUCCCCAGGCAGAGAAGGUGACAGUGGUAUUUCCAAUGAGAUUCAAGGACUCAAUAGACAUUGUUCUAGCAACCUCCUUCCUCCAGGAAUUCAUGGAGUCAAGGCGUACAGCUGGGCUGAGUAAUGCACCUCCUUGUUUGUGGUCUCAGUCUCCCCCGCUAGAACUGAAGGGGGCAACUGAUGAUGCAUUAUCAGCAAAUGCAGGAUUUGUUACUUUUGUUAUUUUUCCCCGGCAUGUGGAAGGCAAAAAAUUGGACCGUACUGUGUGGAAUUUAUCAACAUUUCAUGCAUAUGUGAAUUAUCAUGUUAAGUGCUCAGAGGGGUUUAUGCACAGCCGGAUGCGACGGCGUGUGGAGUCAUUGAUUCAGGCUCUGAAUUGUGCCAAACCAGAUCAGGAGAAGACCAAGAAAACAUCACAAACAAGAUCUUUGAAACGUCUGAGUCUCAAGGACAGUCGAACCAAUUCAAGUUCAUAAUGUGCUAGCUGUUGAUAUGCCUUCGUCGUUC